UGAUGCACCUGCCUCAGCCUCCCAAACUGCUGGGAUUACAGGCGUGAGUCACCAUGCCUGGCUGUGCAUCUUUACUUGUAAUGAUGAAAACGCACAUUGAAGUUAGGGAAGAUACAUCUUUCCAAAAUGACUGCCCAGCCUCAGAGAUUCCAGUUGCUCAGUAAAGGCAUUGAGGCAGCUCUUGGGAUCUCUGGGGAGGUUGAAUCUCCUGUCUUGAAAGUUUCACUGAAAGGUUCACUGAGGUCCUUCCCUUAUAUCCUUGGCCCCAUAACAGAACCAUUAAAACAUUUCUAAGACACAUGCAGAGUAUGUGCAUCUUGACUUCAAGUAAUGAACUGUCAGAAAAAAACUAAAUGUCUGUCAAAAGGGGAUGGUUAAAUAUGAUGCAGCUAUCAUGAUGUUCUUAAAAUAAUGAUUCCAUUAUUUUAAAUCCCUGGCCCAUUGGCCAGGGCUGUGCUGAGUAUGUAUUUAUAUGGAUCAAUGUCCGUGGUAAACUACUAAGGAUGGAAAGCUAGAGGUGGUAAACUACUAAGGAUGGAAAGCUAGAGGAAAAUAUGUUAAACAUUUGUGUGAAUAUGUUAUUCUCUGGGAGUGAAGUUUAAAUAUUUAUUCAGAUAAUUCUUGAAAGCUGUUCUCCACAUUGUUAAUGGUAUGUAGUCAUGAGGAGUAGAAUGGAAAUAGGAACUUCCAUGGUUUUAAUUUUCUGUGCAUUGGUAUGAUUUCAAUUCAUAAACAUAAACAUGUUGUUUUUACCAUUUAAAAAAAAACCUAUUUAAACACAUAUCUAUCCUUCGGAAAUAAUCAGAGGUCUGGAUGUAGUGGUUUGGCUACACGUUCACAUUCAUACCUGAUUGGGGAAGGUGGAAAGCCUGGAGCCUCCUAGAAGUUGAGUGAAGGGUGUCUGUGUCAAGCAUGCAAUGCACGCUGUGGCUGCAGUGUGAUGCAGCGGGAAUCCAAGCCGUGGGCACUCACACGCAUGCAGAGAAAGGUGUGCAUGUGUGGGAAGGGACUGCAGGAGACGCCAGUACCACCAUGAGCAGCUCCAGGCAUGGAGUUACAUGUGGAUUUCAUUUCCUAUGUUAUGUACUUUCCUGAUUUUCAACUUGAUCCUUGAUUACUGUUUUGAUUUGGAAAAAAACUCAAAAGUUUAGAAAUUAUUUUGUUGCCUCUCUCAUUUGACUGAAAAUCUGUUUCUUAAUCAUAUUUUAUGUUCCCACGUCCUAUGCCCAGAGCCUAGCACACAUUAUGUGCUCAGCCAAUGUUUACUCUUCCUGGGCUUCUCCUGGGCACUUCCCUGCCUCUUGAAAGAACGUGCUCUGCAUUGCCCCCCAGGACUCCCAGUCUGAGGAGGCCCCUCUCCUCUGAGCAUGUGUGUGCAUGCUCCUGCCUGUGGCUGGCAGCCUUGGCUCUAAGCCCCACGACAGUGGAUACGUUUUCAAGAGUAGUUCAUUCACCAUGUAUUGAGGACUUGCCAUUUGCUUGACCUUGUGGCAGACCCCAGAGACAGAGAUGAAAGGCUGUGGUCCCUCACGGAAGAAGGGCGUUCAGAGGCCCUGCCUAGUGUGCGAAGCCUCACUUAGCUUGACACGGUGCAAAAUGGCGAUCCAGGUGCAAAAUGGCGAUCCAGGCGCAAAAUGGCGAUACAGGCAGGCACCGGGGCUGCAGGAGCAGGGGUGCUGCGGCAAGAUGCAGCCAAGACUCAGAAUGCGAAAGUGACUAGCCUGGAAGAGUAGAAAGAAGGGGUCUUCUCGGCAGAGGGUGCAAGAUAGGGCAGAGGUCACAGAGGCCUCUGUGCACCUAGAAGGUGGAAGUUGGAUGUGACUUCAGAAUUCAGUCUGCACCAGUGGUGUUUGCUGAGAUCCAGGUGCCCACACGAGAAACAACAGAUGGCGUCAGACGAAUUCAAGUACAGUCCUGGCUACCUGUUGCUGCCCAGGUUGCCCCAGAAUGUAUAGCAUGAAAACUGCUGAGGGUUGGGAAUAUUGGAGGGGUCGGCUGGGCGCAUCCAACCCCAUUCUCUCAGGCAGGUGCUGUCAGAGUGUAUCUGGAGCCAGAAAAGUGGGGGCCUGGGGCUACUGGGGGUCAGCCGGGUAACUGUAACCUCUGGUGUGCUGCACGUGGUCUCCCCACAUGGACGACAUUGGCCUUUCUCACAGCAUGGCAGCCUUGAGGUAUUAAACUUCGUAAGAGGAAGGCCAAGGCUCCGGUUUGAGUGUUCUAGUAAAAGACAGGUUGCAUGAUCUUUUCUGACCUAGCCUCAGAGGUCAGGUCACGUCACACUCCUUCUAUUCAGGGUGAGUCUCAAAUCCACCUGGGUUCAAGGGGAGGGAGCAGAGAGACCCCACGUUUCACUGAGAGGAGUAUCAGGGCCAUAUCCAGGAAUAGAUGUGGGAUGGGAAGUAGUGUUGUGUCCACCUUUAGAAAAGAUGAUCUGACACAGAUACUGGAAAACAAAAUACUCCAAUUACUUGCUCUACACACAGUAGGUCUUUAGAUCACAAAAUAAUGAAAAGUAGAGCCUUUUCUUACUAGAAAUUCAUCUAGAUCUAUUUGUUUAAUACAUGGAUUUUCUGGAGUGCUAUGGUUUGAGUAUGGAUUAUUUAUUCCCACCAAAACUCAUGUUGAAAUGUGAUCCCCAGUGUGGCAGUGUUUGGAGGUGGGGCCAGUGGGAGGUGUUUGGGUCAUGGGGGCAGAUUCCUCAUGAAUGGCUUGGUGCUAUUCUUGAAGUGGUGAGUUCUUUCUUCCUUGAGGCUGGAUUAGCGCUCCAGCCAGAGCAGGUUGUUAUAAAGAGGGUUCCUCCUUCUGUUUGGUCUCUUUCCCUGCGUUUACGCUUCCCUUUUGACCAUCUCCGCCAUGUUAUGAUGCAGCACAAAAGCCCUUACCAGAAGCCGGGGCCAUGGCCUUGAACUGAGCUAAAUAAACCUCUUGCCUUUAUAAAUUACUCAGUCUCAGGUAUUCUGUUACAGCAACACAAAACAGACUAAGACACAUAGUCUUAAUUAUUUUCCAUUGUCUGUAUAAAUUCUUAGUGUGUCAACUUGUUCUUUAAAAGUAUAUUCUAGAGUGUGGUGCUAUACUUGAGUCCAUAAUGCAGAAUCUGGGACAUAGAUUUAUAGCACCAAUUUUGUCCAUUAGAUGGAUGCGUUCGUCAUUACAUAAGGGAAUUAUAGGUCUUUGGAAUUUUGUUCAAUUCCGUCUCUCUCCAACGUUUUCACUAAAAAGACAGAAAGGAAAAGUGGGAAAAAUUUUGAAGUUUCAGGUCCUUGUAGAUCAGUGACUUCUCCAGACUUAUGCAGAAAUCAGUGGCAAAGCUAAUUUCGAUAUAAUUUGGAUACAGUUUUUUUUUAUUGCCUUCUUGUUUUCUUUAUUUCGUACGGUAAUAUCUCCUUUAAAGAAAGAGCCCUUUUAGCAAGUGUGUGUAUACAACAUAGAAAUAGUACCACAACAAAUGACAGAAGACCGAACAUGGCUGAGUGUUAUUUAGGAGCUGAACAAUGGAGUUUUCCAUACCUGGAAGAGUCUGGAAGCAGGAGCUACUGACUCAGUAGCUCAGUGCGGUUGGAGCUGGAUCUGUAUAGUCCUUGUGGUCUUUCCUGGCUCCCAGAUGGCUGCUACUGCCCCCGAUAUCACAUAUGAGGUCAAGACAAGAAGUGAAAAAGGUGGACAGAGACCCCCCCAGGAGACAUCUUUGGCCCAAGCUGUGUCUCAUGGCCACCCUUGGUAAUAAAGUAUGGGGUACACGUGAGGAUUUCAUGAGAACUUAACUCUUCCAACCUCCAGGUGAAGGUGGGCAGGGUGAAGCACUGACGUUCAGCAGUGGGUCCUCCACUCAGCCAGGGAGUGUCACCCCAGCUCUCAGUGACAGGCGUGCCAAGGCCACAUCACAGGGGGCUGCAACACUUCCUCUCAUCCUGCUGCACACAGCCCUUGGCACAGUGACAUUGCCACAGCUCCCGUCAAGAAGAGGAGGUCCUGGGAUGUGGAUCUGGACUGAACCCAUAACUGUCUUGGAGCACUAGAAGGAAGCAAAAGUGGCGAUAGACCCUUUCUGAGGUAGUGCAGCCAGCAGCUGUCACUCACCGCCAGACACGUCGAUGAGGCUGUAGUGUGCCGAUCUACUCCAGCUGACUGCGGCUUCAUCAGUGGCCCCAGGAGAGACCAGCCAAGAAUCAAGCAUCCCAGCGCAGCUUCGCCUGCCAUCCCAGAAAAUAAGAUGACUCCAUUUUAAGCCACCAACUCUUAGGGUGGUUGGUUGCACAGCAAGUAAUAACACAUAGCUAGAAAAAAAUGAGCUAGAAAUAUCUCUGCAUAAUACUCUAUAUUUACACUCAACUCAACAAUAUAGCCCUUGAGUAAAUGUUGGAAGGGAAUUCAGCUGGUCAUUUAUUGCUCCUGCAGAGAAGAAAUGUGAGAAAUAAUUCAGCCGGGAUCCUGGCCUUGGUAAAAGGCAAGACACCAUUCGAGGCACUGCAUUCACAAUGAACCAGACAUGAGAGGCAAACAGACAUUUCCCAAUUGUGCACGCAUACAAAGUGCUUCACACAGUGCCUUGUGGGGUGCCCCUGCUUCUCUUCAGUGCUCCACGUCUGCUCGUAACUCACUUAGCUCUCACUACCUGGUGGUGUGCUAGAACAGUGGGAGACCAGCUGGACAAGCCCCAGAGUGGGGAGCAGAGGGAACAGUUCAUCCACUUCAAGCCCUUCUGCAAGCUCCAGGCACAAACUGAUGAAGGACAGAAUUCUUUUGUCCUGCCGGAGCCAGUGGGUGUGAACACCGGAGGAGCCAUCCCCAGGCAUCACAUUGGCUCCUGCCCAAGAAAGGAGAAAUGGGUUCCCUGAGACAAGUGUGACCUACGUGCCCAGCCCGCCAGCCUGACGCCUAGCCAGAGAGAGAGGACCAUGGAUGGCAUCAUUGAACAGAAGAGCAUGCUGGUGCACAGUAAAAUCAGUGAUGCUGGCAAGAGGAAUGGCUUAAUUAACACCAGAAACUUGAUGGCCGAGAGCAGAGAUGGUCUGGUGUCUGUUUACCCAGCGCCCCAGUACCAGAGCCACCGGGUGGGGGCCAGCACAGUGCCGGCCAGCCUGGACAGCAGCAGGAGUGAGCCGGUGCAGCAGCUGCUGGACCCCAACACCCUGCAGCAGUCGGUGGAGUCCCGCUACAGGCCCAACAUCAUCCUCUAUUCAGAGGGUGUGCUGCGUUCCUGGGGGGACGGUGUGACCACCGACUGCUGCGAGACCACCUUUAUCGAGGACCGAUCGCCCACCAAAGACAGCCUCGAGUACCCCGAUGGGAAGUUCAUCGACCUCUCAGCUGAUGACAUAAAAAUCCAUACCCUGUCCUACGAUGUGGAGGAGGAGGAGGAGUUCCAGGAGCUGGAGAGCGACUACUCGAGCGACACAGAGAGUGAGGACAAUUUCCUCAUGAUGCCCCCGCGGGACCAUCUGGGCCUCAGUGUCUUCUCCAUGCUCUGCUGCUUCUGGCCUCUGGGCAUCGCAGCCUUCUACUUGUCCCAUGAGACCAACAAAGCCGUGGCCAAGGGGGACUUGCACCAGGCCAGCACCAGCUCCCGGCGGGCCCUGUUCCUGGCAGUGCUGUCCAUCACCAUUGGGACUGGCGUCUAUGUGGGCGUGGCCGUGGCCCUCAUCGCCUACCUCUCCAAGAACAACCACCUGUGAGCUUCCUGCGAACGAAGGGGGAGCGCCCGGGGCCAGGUCUGUGUGGACGUGGAGGAAGCAGACAUACCGCAUGAUGCUGUACAGUACAAAUGAUCGCCAAAAGACGCCACGAAGCCCUGGGAUUUCCUACCCAUGAAUUUCUUUUGUUUUUAUCCUUUAAUUUCAUGUUCACAGCACUGUGUAGAGCACCAAACAGACGGGCACUGCUAAUCCUUCCAAAGGAAAGCUCCAAAGAUCCCAGCCCGCAAGGCUGUCUCUGGAUGGAUUCUGGUGGAUGAAUGGCAGCGCGGCUCUCUGCAGCCUGCCAGUGCCCAGAGUGCCGCCGCAUGAGCAAUAUACAAACAGUCCAAAAAAGUGUUUAUUUUUUAUGGAACACGGUGCAAUAGGCAGAGGACAAGGGACACAUCACUCUUCUGUCUGUGGCCCUGCUGGAGUCCUUUGUGCCCCUCCUGAGUCCACAUGCCUUCCCUGCAAGAUGAGAAUGGGGCUGGGAAGAAAGAGGUGACACCAUGGCUGGCAGGAGCCCCGCUGCACUGCUCUGCAGACCCAUUGGCCUGACCCUGGAAGCAGAGCCAGCCCGGGACCUGCCCCUGUUCCUUUCCCUUCACACCACCCCAGCCUCAAGAUGUCGAGCCACUCCAGAACGUGUCUCACUCCACAGCUACCCCGCAGCAAUACGCACUCUUGGGACCUCACUGAUCUAGGAUGGGGAGGCAGGCCACCGCCCCUCCCAAGACUCCUCAAGAAAGAGCCCCACGGUUGCUCCAGAAACUCAAGGCACUGCAGCCGUGGGCACUGCCUCAGCGUAAAGACACAGGGGCGCCUCCCAAUCACCGCGCUGGCGGAUGCUCACCCCGUCAUAAGCAGAAACUAGUGAUCCUGGAAACGAGAUGGGCCUUACUCUGUCGACUAAAUGAAUAGCUAUUUUCUUGUCAUUUUUUAAAGUGCAACUCUUGCUUCAUGCUGCUUAAGUUACCAGACGAAUGCUGAGAAAUAAGUAAUCACAGACAUUUUAAUACCAUUUCAUUGCUGUUUUACGAGUGUUCAUUACUUAACAAAAAAUUAUCUUUUA